AUGGCCUCCAACGAUGGCCCCCAGUGGACGGCGCAGCGAGUGCGCGAUACCUUUCUGGACUAUUUCCAGCAAAACGGUCACUCCUUCGUUGCCUCCUCUCCUGUCGUGCCCCUAUCAGACCCAACGCUGCUUUUUACCAAUGCGGGCAUGAACCAGUUCAAAUCUAUCUUCCUGGGCACCGUCGACCCGCAGUCCGACUUUGCCAAGUUGAAGCGCGCCGUGAACUCGCAAAAGUGUCUACGUGCGGGCGGAAAGCAUAAUGAUUUGGAUGAUGUUGGAAAGGACAGUUAUCACCAUACCUUCUUCGAGAUGCUCGGUAACUGGAGCUUCGGCGACUACUUCAAGAAAGAAGCAAUCACCUACUCCUGGACUCUCUUGACCAAGGUCUACGGACUCGACCCGGACCGUCUCUACGUUACCUAUUUCGAGGGCGACGAGGCGGGUGGUCUGGAGCCCGACCUAGAGGCCAAAGAGCUGUGGAGGUCCGUGGGGGUCCCCCCAUCUCACAUUCUCCCCGGGAACAUGAAGGACAACUUCUGGGAAAUGGGUGACCAAGGCCCCUGCGGACCUUGCAGCGAGUUGCACUAUGACCGAAUCGGCGGACGCAAUGCGGCUCACCUGGUCAACCAAGACGACCCUAAUGUUCUCGAAAUCUGGAACAACGUGUUUAUCCAGUACAACCGCGAGUCGGAUCGCUCCCUGCAACCUCUCCCGAACAAGCACAUCGACACAGGAAUGGGGUUCGAACGUCUGGUGUCAAUCUUGCAAGAUAAAUCGUCGAAUUACGACACAGAUGUCUUCACCCCGAUUUUCGAAGCCAUUCGACAAGUGACUGGAGCUCGCGAGUACCAGGGCAAAUUCGGUGCCGAGGACGCUGAUGGGAUUGAUACAGCGUACCGGGUCGUUGCGGACCAUGUUCGGACCCUCAUGUUUGCCAUCUCGGACGGGGUGAUCCCCAACAAUGAGGGUCGCGGAUAUGUUAUUCGGCGGGUGCUACGCAGAGGCGCGCGGUAUGCUCGGAAAUACUUCCAGGUGGAUAUCGGAAAUUUCUUCUCAAGACUCGUACCGACGGUGGUAGAUCAGUUGGGGGGCAUGUUCCCUGAGCUGCAACGAAAGCAGCAAGAUGUCAUGGAGAUUCUGGAUGAGGAAGAGUUGUCAUUCGCUAAGACCCUGGAUCGGGGUGAGCGGCAGUUUGAGCAGUACGCUCAGCAAGCCAAGGUCAAGGGGUCCGAUCAACUACAUGGCGCCGAUGUCUGGCGGCUGUAUGAUACCUUUGGCUUCCCAGUCGACCUGACCCGCAUUAUGGCCGAGGAACGCAGCCUAAGGAUUGACGACACCCAGUUCGAAGAAGCAAGAUUGCGCGCUAAGGAAGCCAGCAAGGGCCAGAAAAAGGCUGCCACACACACAGUGAAACUUGAUGUCCAUGACCUCGGAAAGCUAGAGAAGAUGAACGACGUCCACAAAACGGAUGACUCUGCUAAAUUUGCCAAGGGCAACAUCACUGCUUCCAUCAAGGCGAUUUACCACGGAAAAACGUUUUACAAUAACACCGACAGUAUCCCUGAUGGAGAGCAGCUUGGCCUAAUUCUGGAUCGUACAAACUUCUACGCCGAACAGGGCGGUCAGGAAAAUGACACCGGUCGGAUUGUCAUCGAUGGACAGACAGAGCUGGAGGUUGGUGAUGUUCAAGUCUACGCAGGCUACGUGCUGCACACAGGCUUCAUGAAAUACGGGUCCUUUUCCGUGGGCGACACUGUCAUCUGUGAAUACGACGAACUUCGCCGUUGGCCCAUCCGCAACAACCAUACUGGCACCCACAUUCUAAAUUUCGCCCUACGAGAGGUUCUGGGGGAUGGUGUGGAUCAGAAAGGCUCCCUCGUGGCGGCCGAGAAGCUCCGGUUUGACUUCUCUCACAAGUCCGCCGUUUCAGAUGCAGAGCUGGAAAAGAUCGAAGCCAAGUCGACCGAGUAUAUCCGGCAGAAUUGCGCGGUCUACGCCCAAGAAGUUCCUCUGGCAACUGCCCAGCAAAUUUCCGGACUACGAGCUGUUUUCGGCGAGACUUACCCAGAUCCUGUCCGCGUCGUCUCCGUUGGGGUCGAACUGGAAGAAAUCCUGAAGGAUGUCAAGGACCCUCGAUGGAAAGAGGUCAGCAUUGAAUUAUGUGGUGGAACGCAUGUCCAGAAGACAGGUGAUAUCAAGGAUCUGAUUAUCUUGGAAGAAAGCGGCAUCGCCAAGGGUAUUCGUCGAAUCAUCGCCGUCACGGGCGAGGAGGCCCACGAGGUGCAGCGGGUCGCGGAGGAGUUUGGGAAACGCGUUGACCGACUGGAAGGCCUACCUUUCGGACCUGAGAAAGAGCAGGAUGCCAAGCAGAUACAGGUGGAUCUGAACCAACUCACCAUCUCUGCAAUCCAGAAGGCAAGGCUCCGGGAGCGCUUCCUUGCGAUCAACAAGAAGAUCCUCGAUGGACAGAAAGCGCAACAAAAGUUGGAGUCCAAGAAGGCGCUGGAAACCAUCACCUCCUACUUCGAGUCACCCGAUAACCAAGGCAAGUCUUGGUUGGUAGCUCGGCUUCCCAUCUCGGCCAAUGCCAAGGCCGUUAGUGAGUCUCUCAAUCACGUCAAAUCCAAAUUACAGAACAAGACGGUGUAUCUGCUGGCCGCAGACACGGAGCAAGGUCGGGUUGCGCACGGAUGCUACGUUUCCAAGGAGUUGAGUGACCAAGGCGCAUCCGCGAGCGAUUGGGCCGCUGCUGUCUCCAGCGCGGUUGGAGGCAAGGCGGGAGGCAAAGGACCGACGUCCAUUGGCAAUGGAACCAAUCCGGACAAGGUCGAUGAAGCCAUUUCGCUGGCUUCGGACUACCUGAGCAAAUUCAAGCUCUAG